AUGGGGAGAGAAAACAUAGUUGUCUCUGAGAAGACAAAGCUUCUUCUAGCUUUAGUUGCUCUGCAAUUCUGCUUUGCAGGUUUCCACAUCGUAUCCAGGGUUGCACUCAACAUUGGGGUCAGCAAAGUUGUGUACCCAGUUUACAGAAACAUCAUUGCCUUGCUUCUCAUUGCACCCUUUGCUUACUUCUUGGAAAAGAAGGAGAGACCACCUCUAACCUUUUCUUUGUUGGUUCAGUUCUUCCUUCUAGCAUUAAUAGGAAUAACUGCAAACCAAGGGUUUUAUCUGUUGGGAUUGUACUAUGCAUCUCCUACCUUUGCUUCCGCAAUACAAAACUUGGUUCCUGCAAUCACUUUUAUCAUGGCUGCCGUUUUAAGGCUUGAAGAAGUUAACUUUGGAAGAAAAGAUGGAUUAGCAAAAAUUUUGGGGACUGUUGCAAGUAUAGGAGGUGCCACCAUUAUUACCCUCUACCAAGGACCCCCUCUUCUGCACCAGAUUCUAAAUAUGCCAGAAAAGAACUUAGUAGAAGAAAUAUCUGAAAGAAAAGCACAGAACUGGACAUGGGGAUGUAUAUACUUGCUCGGUCAUUGCUUGUCCUGGGCAGGUUGGAUGGUAUUCCAGGCUCCGGUGCUGAAGAAAUAUCCAGCUAAACUCACACUCACUUCGUAUAUGUGCUUCUUCGGAUUGAUCCAAUUUUUAGUCAUAGCAGCAUUUUUGGAAACUGAUUUCAAUAACUGGAUAAUCCAGUCAGGAGAAGAGCUUUUCACAAUCCUUUAUGCUGGAAUUGUCGCAUCUGGGAUUGUUGUCUAUCUCCAAACAUGGUGUAUUCACAAGAGUGGUCCGGUUUUUGUUGCCGUCUUCCAGCCGAUGCAGACUCUUUUAGUAGCUAUCAUGGCAUUCUUAAUUCUUGGUGACCAGUUGUACUUAGGAAGGAUCGUCGGAGCAGUUUUCAUCAUGCUUGGGCUCUACUCAGUUUUAUGGGGUAAAAAUGAAGAAAAUAAACUGGAAAACCAAGAAGAUACCUUGAAAAAAUCACUUCUUGAUGGUUCUACAGUAUCAGACAUACCAUGA